UAUGAACAAAUUGAUAUAAAUAAAAAAGAAGAUAUAGCCAAUAGCUAUGAAGAGAAAGUAAAGUAUGAUAAGAAAGAAAGCUUACAGAAAAAGGAAAGAGAAGAAGCUAACAAGAAGAGAAAAAUGGAAAAAGUUAGAGAAAAAA